AACAAAUCUCAUGCAGAAAUCAGUGGACAAAGACACCAAGUGACCACUGCCUCUACCACACCUGCACUGGACAUACACUCAUACACUGAAGACGAUAAUGCAUUAAAAGUGACAGAGGUGGAUCAUGGCUAUGCUGAACCCUGUGGAUUGGUUCAGAGAGAACAGGGGCUCUCCUCGUCUGGUGCUUGUAGUUGUGUGUGUGGCCCUGUUGCUGGAUAACAUGCUGCUAACAGUUGUAGUUCCCAUCAUCCCAACCUUCCUGUAUGCCUUAGAGCACCAGACACAAGACCGCUCGUCUUUCACCCCGUCUGAGUCUCCCACAUCCUCUGCUCAGCCCACCUACUCCUCCAUCCUCUCUCUAUACGACAACACCAGCUACACCAUCACAGUCACGAACAGCAACCUUUCCCUCUCCUCUGCUGCACCCAUCACUGAUGGAGGGUCUGUGGUCAACAAUAGUUCUGCUGAAAAAGAUGGGUGUAAAGAGGACAGUGAGUUUUUGGAAGAAGAAAAUGUGAGGGUGGGGCUGCUGUUUGCCUCCAAAGCCCUGGUGCAGCUUAUGGUCAACCCUUUUGUGGGCCCACUGACUAACAGGAUUGGAUAUCACAUACCAAUGUUUGCUGGAUUUGCCAUCAUGUUUGUCUCCACAAUAAUGUUUGCUUUCUCAGGAACAUAUGCCUUGCUGUUUUUUGCCCGCUCAUUGCAGGGGAUUGGAUCUUCCUUUUCCUCUGUGGCAGGUCUGGGAAUGCUAGCAAGUGUGUACACGGAUGACAAUGAGAGAGGAAUUGCUAUGGGAAUAGCAUUAGGAGGACUUGCCAUGGGAGUGCUCAUUGGAGCACCUUUUGGCAGCGUUAUGUAUGAGUUUGUGGGUAAAAGUUCUCCAUUCCUCAUCCUUGCUUUCCUGGCUGUAUUUGAUGGAGCCUUGCAGCUCUGUAUUCUUCAGCCCUCAAAAAUAUGUCCAGGGAGUGUGGAAGGAACCCCAUUGCUCACCCUGCUCAAGGAUCCAUACAUACUCAUUAGUGCAGGGUCGUUGUGCUUUGCAAACAUGGGAGUAGCUAUUUUAGAGCCCACUCUUCCCAUCUGGAUGAUGCAAACAAUGUGCUCACCAAAAUGGCAACUUGGUAUGGCUUUCCUACCAGCCAGUGUGUCUUACCUCAUUGGAACCAAUCUCUUUGGUGUACUGGCCAACAAAAUGGGAAGGUGGUUAUGCUCCUUGAUUGGCAUGCUUAUAGUUGGCGUCAGUCUUCUCUGUGUUCCCUUUGCCAAAGACAUCUAUGGGCUCAUUGUUCCUAAUGGAGGGUUGGGAUUUGCUAUUGGAAUGGUUGAUUCUUCUAUGAUGGCUAUAAUGGGUUACCUCAUGGAUAUCCGACAUGUCUCUGUCUAUGGAAGUGUGUAUGCUAUUGCUGAUGUGGCACUAUGCAUGGGGUUUGCUGUUGGUCCAUCCACUGGAGGGGCCAUAGUACAAGCAAUUGGCUUCCCCAAUCUCAUGGUGAUCAUAGGCAUUAUCAACAUCCUGUAUGCACCCCUUUGCCUCUUCCUCAAAAAUCCUGCUGUUCGGGAGGAGAAGAUGGCUAUUAUUAAUCAAGAGUGUCCAAUGCAUGUGAAGAGCUACAAUACACAACGCGGGUACAGAGAAUUCCCACUGAGUGAUGACAGUGAAGAGGACACAGAGUGACAUAAGCACCGUGACAAUUAAUCAUCAAGCCCAGCCAGCAGCCCUGCUUCAAAAGUGCAAAAGUUUAAAAUGAUUAAAACUGCAACUUUCCCAUCCUUGACUGAUCACAUUUUAGUGUAUAUGUAUGGUUAGUGGUUUUGGGAAUGUUAUGUUUUCUCACGUAUGCUUGCAAAGUCUUGUUUACAUGUCUUCUAUCAUGCCAGUGAGUUGUAAUAAAAUAAACAGGCCUCUUGUCAACUUGAUUUGACUGUUUUAAUUCUAAUAUGUCAAUACAUUAUUGCUUGUGGAUGGAAUGGUACAAUUGAGCACUAAUAAUAAUAUGUAACAGAGUAAUUCGAUUUUAUAAACAGCAAAACACCAGCAUUUAUACAGUACAGAGUAUUUUUACAGUUUGAAUAAGACUGAAGCUUCAUUUCUUGUCUUUGUCAAAAACUGAGCAAGAUCGCCUGUGACUCAUCUGUUACUUCCUCUGGAUAUGUGUCAAACGUAAUUGAAUUUAAUUAUAUAGAUUUCCAGGUUAAAAGAGCAGGAAGUUAUGGACAAAGGGAAUGGCAGAUGUUAUGGAUCAUUUUGGGCAAUGGCUUCAAUAAAUAAUUUCAACCAAACGUAAAUUAAUAACCGGUUUACACACAAGAUAA